AGGAGCUUAGUGAGCCGGAGCGGUGCCGCGCAUCGCUACAGCGCGCCGAGUAUGUCGGGGAGCAAAGACACCCACGCAGUCCUAUCAUAGAAUUUUCACGUCUUCGAACGCUUAGACGUAGAAAAUUGAUUAUUUCUUAGUUGGUAGCUCUGCCAGAAGCCACAAUGGUGCACCAUUCGCGGUCUUUCCAGUCCUUCAAAAACCCAAAGGCUAUGCACACCAGUAUCAGUGAGAUCAUCAAGGAGAAGACCCUGAGACCGUCCCGCCGCAGCCUGCCCUGCUUAGCCCAGAGCCAAACGCACCCCCAGAACCUCAACCAAGUCCUCUCUGUGGCUCCCUCGGCGCGCCAGGCCCUCUCCGCCCAGAGCUCCAGCCCCCCCUGCACCCACAUCGCCAGCAAGACGGCUGAGGAUGGACGGGACCAGUACACUGAGGAGUCCGAGACGGGAGCUUAUGGGUCCAGGACCGACCAUUCGCUUCUGAUCCAGCAACCUGCCAGCAGACCCCGGCUGGAGAGGCGCACUGAGUCACUCCAGGAGCGCAACAAAGCAGCCCAUUCUGGACUAACGUUCAGAGAUGGGAAGAAGAGAAUUGAUUACAUCUUGGUUUACAAGAAGUCCAGCCCACAGGUGGAGAAGCGAUGCACGUUUGAGAGAAACCUGAGAGCUGAGGGGCUGAUGCUGGAGAAGGAGCCGUCUUUGACCAACAACGACAUCAUGUUUGUGAAGAUCCACGCUCCCUGGGACACGCUGUGCAAAUACGCCGAGCAGAUGAACAUACGGAUGCCCUUCAGGAAAAAAUGUUACUUCACUGAUUGGAAGAGCAGGACUAUGGGCAGGUUUCAUCUCCGGUUGCGUCAGGUGAAGAGCUGGCUUCCCAAGAAUCCCAUGAAGCUGGACAAACAGGCGCUUCCUGAUCUGGAGGAGACUGACUGUUACACAGCCCCCUUCAGCAGGGCCAGAAUGCACCAUUUUACAAUCAUCAAUAGAGAGACGUUCUUCUCCAACUCCACAAGGAGCAGGAUAGUUCACCACGUCCUCCAGCGAACCAAAUACGAGGAUACAAAAUCCAAGAUGGGCAUCAAUCGGUUGCUUGGCAAUGGGACUUAUGAAGCUGCUUUUCCUCCCCAUGAGGGUGGUUACAGAAGCAGACACCCAAUCAAGACGCAUGGAGCCCAAAACCACAGGCACCUGCUGUAUGAGAGAUGGGCCCGGUGGGGAAUGUGGUACAAAUACCAGCCGCUUGACCUGAUCAGGCGAUAUUUUGGAGAGAAGAUUGGCCUCUAUUUUGCCUGGCUAGGUUGGUACACUGGCAUGCUGAUCCCGGCUGCUCUAGUUGGCCUCUUUGUCUUUCUCUACGGUCUCUUUACCAUGGACUCCAGCCAAGUUAGCAGGGAGAUCUGCGAGGCCAAUACUACCAUUAUGUGUCCUAUGUGUGAGAGGAACUGCAGUCCCUGGAGGCUGAGUGACAGCUGUAUCUAUGCCAAGGUCACUCAUCUCUUUGACAACGGCGGCACAGUGUUUUUCGCCAUCUUCAUGGCCAUAUGGGCAACUGUGUUUCUGGAGUUCUGGAAAAGGAGAAGAGCGGAGCUGACAUAUGACUGGGAUUUGAUUGACUGGGAGGAAGAGGAGGAAGAGCUACGCCCCCAGUUUGAGGCGAAGUAUUCGAGGGUCGAGAGGGUGAAUCCCAUUUCUGGUAAACCCGAACCCUUCCAGCCCUUUACAGACAAACUCAGCCGACUGAUGGUCUCCGUUUCUGGAAUCUUCUUCAUGAUCUCCCUGGUGCUGACUGCUGUCUUUGCUGUGGUGGUCUUCCGGCUGAUCGCCAUGGAGCAUUUUGCAUCCUUCCAGUGGGAGUUCGUGAAAAAGAACUGGCAGUUUGCCACCUCGGGCACUGGAGUCUGCAUCAACUUCAUGAUCAUCAUGUCUCUUAAUGUGGUGUAUGAAAAGGUGGCAUAUCUCCUUACAAAUUUAGAGCAUCCUCGGACAGAAUCUGAAUGGGAAAACAGCUUUGCACUGAAGAUGUUCCUCUUUCAGUUUGUCAACCUGAACAGUUCCACCUUCUACAUUGCCUUCUUCCUGGGCAGGUUUGCAGGCAGGCCUGGGAAGUAUAACAAGCUGUUUAAGAGAUGGCGCCUUGAGGAGUGUCAUCCCAGCGGCUGCCUCAUAGACCUUUGUCUGCAGAUGGGGGUUAUCAUGGUGCUGAAACAGAUCUGGAACAACUUCAUGGAGCUGGGCUACCCGUUGCUCCAAAACUGGUGGUCACGCAGAAAGAUAAAGAAGGGCGGGCAGAAAGUGGAGAGCAAGGUGCCGCUUCCUCAGUGGGACAAAGACUGGAACUUACAGCCCAUGAACGCUCAUGGACUGGUGGAUGAGUACCUAGAGAUGGUGCUCCAAUUCGGCUUCACCACCAUCUUCGUGGCCGCCUUUCCCCUUGCCCCACUGCUGGCGCUACUCAACAACAUCAUCGAGAUCCGCCUGGACGCCUACAAGUUCGUCACGCAGUGGAGGAGACCCAUGCCAGCCCGAGCCACCGAUAUCGGCAUUUGGCAUGGGAUCCUGGAGUGGAUUGGAGUCUUGGCAGUCAUUACCAAUGCCUUUGUCAUCGCCAUCACCUCUGACUACAUCCCCCGCUUUGUAUAUGCCUUCAAGUAUGGCCCCUGUGUGGACAAGGGCUACAGACACGAGAAGUGCUUACGUGGCUAUGUGAACAGCAGCUUGUCAGUCUUUGACAUGGGGGAUUCUGAUAAAGGGCCCAGAUACUGCAGGUACCGGGACUACAGAGCACCCCCUUGGAACCCGGAACCCUAUGAAUUCACUCUGCAGUUCUGGCACGUUCUGGCUGCCAGGCUGGCCUUCAUCAUUGUCUUUGAGCAUCUGGUCUUCGGCAUCAAGUCGUUCAUCGCCUACCUGAUUCCCGACAUGCCCAAGGACCUAUGCGACCGCAUGCGGCGAGAGAAGUACCUGAUGCAGGAGAUGAUGUACGAGGCCGAGCUGGAACACCUGCAGAAGCAGAGGAAGAAGAACGGCAAGCGUUAUCACCACGAGUGGCCUUAGCCCCCCCGAUCCCCCUCCCGAAAUGCGUUACUGUGGUGCGGGGGGUGGCUGUCUUUGCCUCGCUGAAUUUGCACCAGUGAGGCAAUUCUCUGUCAUCUUGGCUAAAGACAGACCCAACCUUGCACACGCCUAUGUCCAUGGCUUCCACUUCCAGAACUGAGAGUCAGCGCUCAUUUUUGGUCCUUUCUAUGCUAGCCCCCCACCUCAGCUUAGUCUGACAGGGUCCUGUCAUGCCUGUGCGCCGUCUGCACUUUGAAGGAGACCUCACGCAAUUGUAAUGUUUACUAUGCAGAUCAAGGGCUGUUAGAUCAUUGCUCCCUUCACAUGUCGAUUCUAUUUCAAGUUGCUUUGCCCAAAUCAGCCCAGAUCAGUACUUCAUGCCUAACAGCCCCUUGUGCCGCCCAUGGAUAAUGACAUGGACACCGGUUAUAGUUAUUCUCACUAAACAGCCCAUGUCACUUGCCUAUGAAAAAUACCCUCAUAGCUUCUUACUUAUUCUGUAUAUUGUCCUGGAAAGCAUGCCGAUGUACAGUUUACGGUGAUUUUUGUAAAUGAGAAGCAGUGGCAGUCAUUACAAAUUACAAUUUAAUGCAUGACAUAUAUCCUACUGACCCUCUGCCCCAUUUCCACAUUAUAGUGCUGGAUAGAUGCUACUCCUUCUGCUGCUGUAAAUAACUGGUUGUCCACUGGUUCCUGAGUUGCAAUUCUAACGCAGGUCUUUCUGUGUGUGUGAGUAUAAGCAGCUUUUGCAAUCUUGUGAGGAUCUUUUCGUUCCUGUCAUGUGGUGACAAAACACAGUCUUCACAAGAUAAAUGCCUUUUUUUCAUAACUUUUAGUAGGUUAUCAAUUUUCAUCUCAGUUGGUGGUUUGGUAUUAAGUUCAGUUAAUUCUGGUAAAGUUAUAUUUAAUGGGAAGUCCCCACAAAUGUAGCUAUACAUCAACAUAUGGGUUUAUAUAUGUAUGGGGUGACUGCAAACAACCUAAAGGGUACGUUUACGUUUCGUCUGCAUUUGUUUGCUGUGGUAUUUCCUCAAGAGACAGAUUCUAAGAAGAAGGGAUGUAAUAUUCCAGAGAUGAUUCCCACCAUAUCGGGGCACUAACAUAUAGCUUUGCCUUCUUUUUGUUUCCAUGAAUUUGCUAUCUGACAUGGGAAGUCGACCGAACGAAACUAUAGAAGACAGCAUCUGUCUUGGCUUAGAAAAGGCGAAGCGAGGACCCAUGUAGGAAAUGUGUUGCCCAUAUAUUUAUUUACUGUUUUAGGCAGAACAGCCCAUAAAAAGGUGAAAAGCACAAUGUUCAAUUAGGACAGGACUCUGAUAUGCAUUAACAGCUGAGACAAGCAGAAAUUUCAUUAUGUGUACCAAAUGUAAAUCACCUUACACUAUUGACACUUAAGAUAACUUCUGGUUACAUUUAUAUUUUGUAGUCCACCUGGGGCUAUUUUUGAGGGUGUGUAUGCACAGCUUAGUCAAGUAGUUUUGGAGGUCUGGUGACUCAAUAUGAUUAGUUUUUAAUAGUUAUCAUUGUAAUGUGAAAGGACCAGUGGGUUGUGGGUUCCGACCCACACAGAGCCCAAGCUGUCUAAUACUCUAUGCACCCUGGAGUGGAACUACAAUUUACCUUGGAUAAUUGGUUACUGAAUAUGGAUAGAUAUUCAAACAGUAUUGAUGCAUUUUAGCGACUUCUACAAUCACAAUAAAAUAAUUUAUGAAAUCAGCAAUAUACUGUAAAGGUAUUUACAUGUCUGCUGAGCUGCUCAGAUCACUGCUUUACAUCCCUGAACUAAAUUUUGAAAUGUUAUGGUGAGAAGGGAAGAAGCUAAACAAGAAAAAUGUAGACGUCACACAAAUAGCUAGGAUAAAAUAAAUACACCAAUAUUAUACAUUUAAAAUUAUUUAUAUUUAUGCCAUGUAUAUCAUAUAUAAAUGCUUUAUGUGUUUGACAAUAAUGCCUAUCAGAUGAAAGAUCUACCUUCUCAAACACUUUCAUCAGCUAAGGCUAGUCAUUGCUGCUAUAAUUAGGCUAUACAAUGCUCAAUGCUUGCACCAUAUAUGAAACUAUCCUUAUCUCAUAAAUAUUUUACAAAUUAAAAUAUCAUUUCAAAGUCAUAGGUGGCUUAUUUUGAAGAUUAGAAGCUUCUUUGCGAUUUGGACAUAAUUUUAUAUUUUCAUGUGUUUUGCAUUUCUCUGAUUGUAUUAUUGUGUGCUUUGAUUACCGUAUUAGUGGAUAUACUUUAUAAUUUUUUAAUUCACAUUAAAUGAUUCAUGCCUAGCUGAUGAUGGGCUGAGUGCUUUAACCAAUCUUGCUUGCAAUAAGGUUACAUAAAUGUCUUAUGUUAAUUCUUGGUUUAUAUUGCAAUUUUGUUUUACAUUGGCUAUAGUACAGCAUUAAAUCUAUAUACCAUACCUUGAGUAAACUGAUUGUCCAACAUGCAGUAUACUAAGGAGCACUAAAAUAUGUAACUUGUAGGCCACAAUUCUACAACUGUCAUAUAAUUUCUUUCAGCACAAAUGCAAAAUUCUCUCUGUACAAUGUUUUCCCUUCUAGAACUGUGUAUCUGCACCCAGGGGCGCCGUAAGGGGGAGGAAAGCUAGGACGAUUGAAAUGUUAUGGUGAGAAGGGAAGAAGCUAAACAAGACAAAUGUAGACGUCACACAAAUAGCUAGGAUAAAAUAAAUACACCAAUAUUAUACAUUUAAAAUUAUUUAUAUAAUAAUUUCCUAAAAAUUCCCUAAAAAAUUAGGAAAAUAACUGGAUUGGUUUGGACUGGGGGGCCUAAUAUGAUAUGCUUUCAUGGGGCCCAAAAUCUCUAGCGGCGCCCCUGUCUGCACCUGUCAGGACAGCAAGGGAAUCAAGUUUUUGAGAUCGGUAUUCCUAGUUAAGAACAUAAGAAAUUUACAAACGAGAGGGGACCAUUCGGCCCAUGAAGCUCGUUUAAGUUAAGUUAUUCGCAGUUUAUUGGUGGUAGUUAAGAAACUUAAAAUCAUUUCAAAUGCGAAAUUCAAAUAUCCGAGCGAAAAGACUGGAAUCUGAGCGAGAGGCUUGACCGGUGACAAAAGUAUCAGCCUGUUCUGGGUACUGAGCAGCUUGUAUUCGCUUUAGACUUAUAAACCAUUUAUGUCUGGAAUUAAAAAAAAAUCGGACAGCGGUUACGGAUACGGGGGUCCCACUGUUUACUGCAAACCAGGGAAAAAAUUCGAAAAUAUGAUCAGCGGACAUUUUAAGAUAAACAGAGGGAAUUUUGUCACGCAAACAUAGUUGCGAAUUUUGCCUUAAGGGUUAGUGGGGAAAUGUGUUCUACAAGUUAUUCUGUUAGCGCUUGUAAUGCGACUGCAUGCCACUGGUUUCUUUUCAGAUGCGGGUGUUAUUACAAUGGCAGCGUAUCCUUUUCUGUUAUUUAUAUGCAUUUCAGGAGUGCUGCAUGGCGGUCAUAUGCACCAUGUACUGUACGCUGACAUCCGUGUACCUACGUGUUUUACUGUCUGCCUGUCCUUGCAACUGCUUUUCUCAGGUGUCCUAUGAGCCUUUCAGGGUGAUCACUUUUCACUCUUUUCUUUAAUGUGAACGACAAAGACAUUCUGCUUUUCAGAAAAUAUUUUUGCACUCAACGUUUGCAUGGAGAUUAUGUUAAUUGUGACGCAUGAUGUAGCCGGUUAUAUCUAUAACACUGCCUGCAGUUAAAUUACAGUGUGUCGCGGUUUUCAAACGCCAUGCUGGACUUAAAAACAUUUUCAAAAACAAUGUCGAAGCUUUAAGAAAUGAAAGACAUGAAAAUAUAUAUUUAUAUUUAUUCUUUUCACGUUGAUUGUUUUGUGAAAAAUAGCACAUUUGAAUAUGCAAGCAUUUUGAGCCUAUCAUAAUAUGAACAACUGCCUUUUCAAUAUUCUGCUUGAAGUCUCCAUUCUAUCAUUAAUUUAAUAAAAAUCUCCACAUUUUCUUUUAAUGGGAUAAGCCUGAGUCACUUUGGCAUGAUAGGCUAUGGAAGAAAGUACGUACAGAUGACUUUCAGCCUUACAACUGAUUAUUAAUCAAAGUAAAAACAGAAAAAAAUAAACUAUAGCUACAUAAAAUUAAUCUGAUUUGUAAGAUCCUUAAAAUUUGUAUGUGCUGUUUUUUUUUUAACGAUUUUGUAAAGUCAUCUAAGUAACAUCGAAAAUGUUUACAAACGAGCUUGACCAAAGUUUUUCCUUCACAUAGGUAAACAUUUAAUCUUCUACAUUCUUAUUUCAGAGGGAUGAUAUUAUAAUGUAGGCUAAAUGUGGUUUAGUUGCAAAUUAGGUUUUUCUGUUGUAACAGGAAAGCAUCUUAGAAAUAAAGCAGUUGUUUUUCAAUGUUUUCCAAGGCCCUUCACAGAGUCAUACAGUACAGCACACAGGAGUGGACACCCACAUCUAGUGUGGAUCCAAUCCCUUCAUUACGCUCUGAGUGUGAGUGCUGUGUUAGUUUCCCCUCUGAUAUUUUCACAGCAGUACCUCUACACAAGGUGAAGUCAGAUCAUGUAUUAACAGACUCUUUGUGAAGAUGCAUUUUCCACACUCUGGGGGGCAGGGGUUACUGUUCUGACCUGCAGUAAUGGCCUUGUGCUUUUCACAAAGUGAGUAGUGAAGCCCCCCGGUUGUACCAGGAUGGGAAUCACUCUGGGCUGGUGCAGAAGCCGCUGCAAAGGAAGACACAGCAGACUAGGUCUGGCAGUACAAAGUCUAACUGAGACUGUCUAACUGAGACUGUCUAACUGAGACUUCUGCUUUUAAAGACUUCUGGUUGUUUGUUUACUUCACCCGUGUUUACAUUUGGAACAUGUAACAAAUAUAUGUAUAUGAACUUAUCUGCGAGAAAUAAAUUUGAAUAUCACAUUUUUUUCUGUAAUAAAUCAGCAAUUCUAUCUUU